AUGGACAGCUGGCGUAUGCAGGGCGUGCGACAUGUGACGUCGAACCUGCCGGCAUCCCUCGUCGGCGCAAUCCCCCCAAAGGCUCAAACCGACACCGAUGCCAACGAUGCCAACGACGGCAAUGUUGAGGAGGUUCACCGGCCGUUCCAUGUCGAGAUGGUAUUGCCGCCGCCGUCGAUCCGUGCAACAACCCGUCCCCUUCGCGUAAACUGCGCCGCCCGGGUCGAUCUGCUGCCCAACCAACUUCCCCCAGGCUCUGAGGUAAGGGCGACAGGGCCCGCGUUCCCAAACGUUCCCAACUUCCGCGACGUUCAAGGGGGAUUCCCAUGA